AUGGAUACCGAUAACCGAACAGAUGCGUCUUAUGAUUCCGCUGGCCGUCCUAUCUGUGAUCUUUGCGAAUGCUUGCGCGGACAUUCGCACGACGCAUCACUCGAUCAGGGAGCCCACCUGGAGAUUCAGGCCAUCAACACUCUUUGCAACUCCCUCAAUCAAUUGACCGCUACGCUGGCCCACGAGCUGCAACAACUUUCCACGAGCUUCAUGACAAUUCAACGGAGACUUACCGAUAUGGAACGUGAACAAGCUAUUCUUGAAAGACGAUUGCAAUCCACAGAGAUGGCUUACGAGGCGAAGAGUCUGUUGUAUGAUGGAACAAAAUUGCUCCUCGACAAGGCAUUGGAGGCUCUCGAGAGACAAAGGAAUUUGGUCUAG